CUGAUGGUGGCCAGUGGUUGAUGGGAAUUGGACGUGACACCACGCAAGUGCUACACCUUGAAGUAUUGAAUCAUUAAAAUUGUAUUUCUAUGAAAAACUGGGAAGUGAAAUUUAUAAAAAUUGAGUGCAAGUUGCAAUCGGUGCAAUGAAGAGCAAGGUGUAUGAUUUGAAUGGAACGGGGAAAGAAAAAAAUGGAGGAUUGCCCACGCCGGAUUUUGUACCGAAGGACAAAAAGAAUAAUGAUUUAGAACCUGAGCCAACUCCAGAAGAAGUACCUAGCGUUUCUUUCUUCAGUUUGUAUAGAUUUGCAAGAACACAAGACAAAUGCUAUAUAGCAGUAGGUAUAAUAUGUUCCAUACUGAGUGGUUGUUGCACCCCUCUAAACACACUUCUAUUCGCGUCGCUGCUCCAAAGUAUGGUGGACUACGGGAUAUCUCUCCAGAUAGGACAGCCAGACCCAGACAGCUUUAAGACCGCCUUCACCGAGUUCGCUAUUUACAACUGCAUAGUGGGAGCAGCACUGGUCAUAUUAAGUUACACUGCUACUGUAUUGAUGAACAUUGCUGCGUAUAACCAGGUAUACAAAAUUAGACAAGAAUACCUAAAAGCAGCGCUGAAUCAAGAUUUCAAAUAUUUCGAUGUCCACCAAACUGGGGACUUUGCUGUAAAAAUGACGAACGAUUUAGUAAAACUAGAAGAUGGCAUAGGCGAAAAACUGGGCACAUUUAUUUUUUACCAGGCAGCCUUUGUCAGUUCAAUAAUCAUGGCUCUAGUCAAGGGAUGGAAAUUGGCACUACUCUGCCUGAUAUCUUUUCCCAUAACGCUUACUCUAGUGGGCCUAGCUGGAUUUAUUGCAUCAAAGCUUUCGAAAAAAGAAGCGGUAGCUGCAGGCAAAGCAGGCUCUAUCGCAGAAGAAGUAAUAUCAUCAGUACGCACGGUGUACGCCUUCAGUGGACAGCAAAAGGAAAUCGAUAGAUACCAACUACAUCUUGCAGAUUCAAGAAAGAUCAACAUAAAGAAAGGCUUCUACAACGGAGUGGCAAUGGGUGUACUAUUCUUCUGCAUCUUCUGUUCCUAUGCUCUAUCCUUCUGGUUUGGGUAUAAAUUAAUGGUUGAAGAACCAGAAAACUACGACGUCUAUACCAUGAUCGCCGUAUUCUUCGGUGUAAUGAUGGGUUCCGCCAACUUCGGUAUUUCGUCCACACUUAUGGAGGUGUUCGGCAGUGCUCGCGGCGCGGGCGCACAGAUCUUCAACCUGAUCGACAACGUGCCCACAAUCAACCCACUGUUGGACGCAGGCACGAAACCACCAUCAAUCGACGGCAACAUCGAGCUCAAGGACGUCGUAUUCCAGUACCCUUCAAGGCCUGAUGUUCCCGUGCUGAAGGGCGUGAGCCUGAAAGUGUCCCGCGGGCAGUCGGUGGCUCUGGUAGGCCACUCUGGCUGUGGAAAGUCCACCAUCAUACAACUCAUCUCGCGAUACUACGACGUGGUCGGAGGCAGUGUGUUAGUGGACGGCAAAGACGUGCGCGAGCUAUCAGUGCGAUGGCUCCGCGACCAAAUCGGCCUGGUAGGCCAGGAGCCGGUACUGUUCAACACCACGGUUCGCCAGAACAUCCGCUACGGCCGCGAGUCCGUCACAGAUGAGGAGAUCGAAGCUGCUGCUAGACAGGCUUUCGCCCACCAGUUCAUUAUGAAGCUGCCGAAGGGUUAUGACACUUUGGUGGGAGAAAGAGGGGCGUCUCUAUCUGGCGGACAGAAGCAGCGCAUUGCGAUUGCGCGGGCGCUGGUGCGCAACCCGAGUAUACUUCUGCUGGACGAGGCCACCAGUGCGCUGGAUAUGGCGUCAGAAGCUAAAGUGCAAAAAGCACUUGACAAGGCACAAGAAGGAAGAACUACCAUUGUGAUAGCUCACAGGCUUUCGACGAUAAGAAACGUAGAUGUGAUAUACGUGUUCAAAAACGGAACGAUUGUUGAGAGUGGAAACCACGAGGAUCUUAUCAAAGCAAAAGGACAUUAUUAUGACAUGGUCAUGAUGCAAACGUUCCCUGGCAGUGAAGAUGACGCAGAAAUAGUUAAACAACUCACUCGUGAAGUAUCUGUAAUAAGUGAAAAGGAUGAUGAAGAGGAAAUCGUGGGCGGUAGUGGUGGUGAAGUGGUCGAAGCUGAAGAGGAAAACACAGAAGUAUCUUUCUGGAAAGUAGUGAAACUGAACAAGCCUGAGUGGAAGUCUGUGAGCCUCGCAAGUUUAUGUUCUUUCGUCAGCGGAUUUUCUAUGCCAUUGUUAGCAGUUAUCCUUGGUGACUUCAUUAAUGUUCUGUCAAAUCCGAACCCUGACGAAGUUUUACCCGAAGUACGCAGAUUCGCGCUGAUAUUCGUCGGAAUCGGUGUCUUCUCCGGUAUCACAAACUUCAUAACGGUAUUCUUUUACGCGAUAGCAGGUGAAUACUUAACGGAAAGAUUGCGAAAAGUGAUGUUCCACCAUAUGCUACAACAAGAAAUAGCAUUUUAUGACGAUAAGAAUCACUCAACGGGAGCUCUUUGUGCUAAACUCUCUGGAGAAGCAGCUCAAGUGCAAGGAGCAACAGGACAAAGAAUAGGCACCGUUCUUUCGGCAAUAGGCACUUUUGGCUUCGCUCUUGUACUGGCCCUCAUAUAUGAAUGGCGAGUUGGUUUAGUAGCGCUCGCCUUCGUUCCGUUGAUGGCCGGAAUCUUGUACAAAGAAGGCAGAAUGGUUAGCGCUGAAAGUUUCGGAACUGCGAAGACAAUGGAAGCUAGUUCUAAGAUAGCAGUAGAGGCAGUAUCAAACGUGCGUACAGUGGCAUCGCUUGGCCGAGAGGGGCAGUUCCUCAAGGAUUACGCGAUUCAACUCCUCCCGGCUCUGCACCUGGCCAAGCGUUCAGCGCACUGGCGCGGCAUCGUGUUCGGCCUCUCACGAGGUCUCUUCAACUUUAUUUACGCUGCGGCGAUGUACUACGGAGGGAUACGCAUCAUUUACUACGGCGUGGACUUUGCCUUGGUUUUGAAAUCAGCACAAGCCCUUCUGAUGGGUGCAUCGUCAGCUGCCCAAGCAUUUGCGUUUGCGCCUAAUUUCCAAAAGGGAAUCAAGGCGGCAGGGCGCGUCACUGGGCUGUUGAACAAACGAUCGAAGAUCACCGACCCAGCAAAUCCGAUUGAAAACUUCAAAGGAACCGGAGAAGCAAGUCUGCAAGAAGUUAACUUCAGAUACCCAACUCGGCCCCUGAUACAAGUUCUCAAGAGCUUAAACCUUGAAGUGGAGAGAGGGAAGACCGUCGCUCUCGUUGGCAGCAGCGGUUGCGGGAAGAGUACUGUCAUUCAGCUACUUGAAAGAUACUAUGACCCCGACGAUGGAAUUGUGGCGCAAGACGGCACGCCUCUGCCAAAGCUCAGGCUAGCUGAUGCAAGAAAAGCCAUCGGAUUCGUUCAACAGGAGCCCGUGCUGUUCGACCGAACAAUUGGCGAGAACAUCGCUUAUGGAGACAACUCCCGGAGAGUUGUCAUGGACGAAAUCAUUCAUGCAGCGCAGCAAGCUAAUAUACACAACUUUAUCACAUCUUUGCCAUUGGGCUACGACACGAACAUCGGCUCGAAGGGCACGCAGCUGUCCGGCGGGCAGAAGCAGCGGGUGGCCAUCGCGAGGGCCCUCGUGCGCCGACCCCAGAUGCUGCUGCUCGACGAGGCCACCAGUGCGCUCGACACCGAGAGCGAGAAGGUGGUGCAAGAAGCGCUGGACGCCGCGAAGGCAGGACGCACGUGCGUGCUCAUCGCUCAUCGGCUCAGCACCGUGCGCGACACUGACGUCAUCUGCGUGCUUAGCGAGGGCCGCGUGGCCGAGAGCGGCACGCACGCCGAGCUGCUGCAGCUCAAAGGACUCUAUUACAACCUCAAUAAGAGCGGGUAUACGUAAAUUACAAAUCGAAACGCCGAUUAUUGUAACUACACUGUAUAGAUCGUUUCAUCCACGAAGACGCGCCCCACCUAUUUUUGGUCGAGAGAAGCGCGGGGUGCUUGAUCCGAUCAAUUAGUGUAUUAUUAUAAAUUAUUGUAGUGUGCGUGCACUCAUGGAUAAUUUAGCGUGUACCGAUAACACUCAAACAUUAGCGGAAGAAUGGUGGGGCGCGUCUUCGUGGAUGAAACAAUCUAUAAGAGAUUAAAGAUUAGGAUCUAGCGGGUAUGUCAAUAAAUAUGACAUCGAAACAAACAUCGAUAUUGUACACUAGAAAUAAAUCGUGUAAGAUUGUUAAAUAAUUAUGAUGUUGCUGUCAUUCAAAUAUUACAAUCUUAAUAAGUGAGUAAGUACACUAGAAAUAAAUUGUGUAUGUAAAAUAACAAUGUACUUAAUAAGAAUAAUGUAUCAUAUUAUCUACAGACCUUUCAAUGAAUUCUAUUA